AUGGCAGUCAAGUCACGUACCAAGAAGGUGACACCCACGUCUAAAGCUGUGUCAGACGACAUUUGUAUGCGCCGGCUGGACCGGUAUUCCAAGGAAUCCGUCGAGAAGCAAAUAUCAAUACCGGAGACAAUCACCGCUCUGGACACGUAUCCACCGUUUCUAAGAAUUCCCUCCGAGCUUAGGCGCGAAAUCUUCAGAUAUGUACUCCCAUCUUCGAACAAAAGAUUCGUUCUCUACACCGACUGCGACUCCACCGUAAUCAGCAAGAAAUGGAAUCGCAAAUGCAGACCGCAUCCCGACAAGCACCUUAGACUCGAUGUCUUCCGAACGAGCCGCCUGAUCUAUCACGAGUGUCUUUCUGUGAUGUACUCGGAGAACUUGUUCCACUUUUACGCCUUCAACUACCUUCCCGUUUUGGAUUUUAUACGGCACUUGAGUCCUGAGGCAAAGAGCUCGGUCCGGAAAGUCCGGCUCACACCGCUUACAGACAAGCAAAACGACUUACCAGCAAGCCACGAUAUCUUUUGUACAGUUAUCCACGACUCGUUACCCGGACUAAGCGAACUUCAAGCCGACCCGGUUGUGUUCUUUUAG